CAUUCAAGCAAACGUGUGUGAGUGCAUUGUAAGCGGAGAACCAAAACUGCAUUUUAUUUGCGAUAAAAGAAUAAUUGACCAGAAAAUACAACACAACGCGCAGAGCAAAAAGUAUACAAUAUACAAAAUAAAGAUACAUAAAAGUUGCGAUCGAAUAAAGUUCAUAUAUAAGAAUUAACGCCAAGAUGUCGACAAAGGCCACAACACAGCACACGCGUCGUGCACCACUUUCGCUAUCUGGCGGCGGCAAACAGCAGAGUCAAAAUCAUUAUAGCGGCAAAUCUGCAGAAUCCAAUGGCAGUUCGAAUAAUAGCGCUAGCGCUAAAAAUGACAAUAAGCAUUCUGCAAGUCAGAAGACAGAAUCCAGCGUUAACGAUGUAAAAGAGUCGACACCGAAAGAUUUGAAGAAGCCACAAAACACAGACAAAAAGCAACAACAGCAAUCCGCCAAUAAUGAGUCAGUGAAGAAAAAUGAAAAGACUGAUGAGAAGAAAACUCAGAAUGGCAGUGUCAAAGCCUCUACAAACGGCGGUGCCAAAGAGAAACAGCAAAAUGGUAGUGAUAAACAGGACAAUAAUAGUAAUAGUAAUAGCACCAACGCCAAGACGGUCGCUGCUAACUCAAAUGGUAAUGCCAACGCCAAGACUAAUGCAAAGUCAAAUGAAAAGGCUGCACCGCCGACUGCAAAGGAAGAUACAAAAACUAAGGAGCCGAAACUUGCAGAGCCCGUUGAAAAGAGUGAAAAAGAGCCUGAGAAGGAGAAAGAUAAGGAAAUGGAGAAAAAGAAAGAAAGUGAACCAGAAAAAGUUGUUGAAAAAGAGACUAGAUCUCGACGUCAUGAGGCAGUGGUAGCAACAGAGGUGGAAAAGAAACAAGCAGAUAAAAAAGAAGCGAACAAAGGUGAUGAAACAAAAAUGGAAGUAACUACACCAACAUCUCGAUCCAGUGCUGGACAGGCUAAAUCCCGGGCUACACCCACAAAGGGUGUCGAGAAAUCUGGCAGAAGUACACCCACAAAACCGGUGGAUAAACCAACUGCUUCGCCACGUAUCAAAACCGUCACCACAGUCAUAGAUGAUGUUGAAAUGGAACCACCAGCUGUGGAGACCUCACCAGCUAAGUCCAAAGAGAAUACGUCACCAGUCGUGGUCGCAGCAGCUGCAGCUGCUUCUGUGCUGCAGCCACCAGCCGCCACUUCGACUCCCGGCAAAGCAACAACGGCAACACAAAAGACUAAACCACAAACCGUCGAUGCCAAAUCAGAUCAACCGAUAAAUGCACCCAGUUGUGGGAGUUCACCGGAUCGCAAGAGUGUACCACGCACUAUUACACAUAUCGGUGGACGUCGCAGCAUUCGUCCACUUAACGAAUAUACUCCUUCGAAAUUCCAAAGUAAUUUACAAUUUCGUGAAUCCUAUCGCCGCAUUAACACUGAAUUAGACGUCAGUUCAACCACCAAUACCAGCAUGAACGUGACUGUUGGCUCAGAGGUACCAAACAACUCAUCUUUUUCAUUUUUCGGACGUGGUCGUAAACGUGACCGUACGCCACCGCGCCAAACGCAAUCCACUAUGGAGUUGCAAACUGACGCUGACUAUUCGCCACCAAAACGUGCACGCCUUGAUAUGUAUAGCUUGUUUAGCGUAGUUUCUUCUCCCUUAACAAUGUUACGUUCGCGUUUUUCGAGAGCUUCCAUACAAAGCAGCACACCGGUGAAGUUGGCCACUAAACUAGCAGCCACAGAUGAGGAUGAAGCUGAUGUACAAAAUGUUUCCGGCAUUUCGAUUGAAGAGGAAAAUGCCACCGACGGCGGUGAAAGUGACGAAAAGACUGCGACCGAAGACGUCACUGUAGGGAAAAAUACUGACGAUGAUACUACACCCAAAAUGGACUCACCAAUGAAGGUGGACGAAAAGUGUGGAAUGGAGAAGGGCGAUGAAGUGAACGAUGAGCUGGAGGAUGCAUCCAAGUCCUCAAAUGUGCAUGAGGUUGCAGCAGGCAUCGCAGACACAUCCGUUUCUUCGGCUAAAAAUAAGAGAUGUCAUAUUAUGUAAAGUGUAUUUGUCGAGAAAUUAAUUGUAUUGUCUAUAAUAGUUAUCAUAAUUUUCUUUAAAUGUUUCAGAUGUUUAGCUUAUGUACAUCUCUGUAUGUAAAAACGUCUUAAACAUUAUUUUUACGUUCGUAAUACCUACAUAUCCCCGUUUGCUGAUUUACGUUCACACAUAUAAUAUAUUUAACACAUUAACACUUAUAUAACGUUCAUCAUAUAGUAUAUUUGUUUAAGCGCAGUUGAACUUGGUGGGUGAAAAGUGUUGUGCAACCCGAACACAUUAAAGUUUAGUUUUGAUGAACCCAAUUUAUACAAAAUAUGUAUAAAUGUACAAUUUAACUAAAGUGAAAUUCAAUAUAAUAUUUGCAAAAGUAAAGUUUUGUAAUAUUUAGUAACAGUUGUUGAGAAAAUAUAAGACAAUACCAUUUGCUAUGGUUGUGUAUUGUUUACCGGAGUGUCGGUUUUCCUGAGAUAUUUGUCACUUCGCUAACAUAGAACCGUAGUUCGUAUGAUAGAUUGUUUUAUAUUAUUGCAACAACAAAUUUGUAUUUAAUAACCAAAUUAAUUUCAGAUUCAUUUCAUUUCGCAUGUCAAAAAUAUUAUCUUUUAGGCUUUUCUGCAAACAUUUCUGCGCAGAAAGGCGUAAAAGAAUAAAUAUUUUGCAGAAUUAUAGAAACAUAAUAAAAUUUUUUAAUUUUGUUUGAUUGCUCAUUAUAGAAAUUAUAAUAAUUUAGUGUUAGUUUAAAAUCAAAAUCAUAUCCCACUUGCAUUUUGCAUUUAAAGUAAGCAUAUGUAUUUGAAGAGACCUUAUGUAAUACAUACAAUACAAGUAUGUACGUAUUUAUAGUACCUUACGAACGUUGAUUGUUUGUAAUCGUCAUAAGAUUUGUGUAUUAAUUUUUGUUUGCAAAUAACAAAGUUUCAGUUAAAACCUUUGUCAAUCGAUCAUAAUAGUUUCAUAUAUAUAUUUGUACUCAUGCAUUACAAUGAUUAUAUAAAUACAUACAUACUAUAUACAUAAAUUU